AUGAAACCCGAAAAUCAAGAUCAAGCGGUUCACAGAGCUGGGCCAGCCAAACAAGAUAAUAAAAAGCAUAAAACUGGUCGCCACAGAAGUAAAGGAACUAUAGAGAUUUUGAAAAAAGGUCGAUCUGCUCAAAAUACGGCAAAAUCUAAAGCCAAUCACCAGUUAAGCCGAAUUGAACGUAGACAUCAAGCAAAGAUAUUACGCAAAACAAAAACAGACAAUGUUUUGAAUGAAAAACGUAGGUCUUUAUGUGUACCACAUUUAGUUGCUGUUAUUCCCCUAAGCAAUAAUGUGUUUGUUAAUGAAAAAAUGAUGGAUAUGAUCAAUAUAUUGGAAAAAGCUAAUGUAAAAUUAUCAACAGGAGUCGCUUCUGAAGGAUAUUCUAAUCUGUGGAUUGAACAAUUCAAACAAGCAUUUACUUUCAUCAGACCUGACUGUAGUAGUGUUCUUGGACUUUUAGAUACUCUAAAAGUAGUAGAUACUAUUUUAUUUAUAGUAUCAGCUGAUAGUGGUUUUGAUCGAGAUGUUGAUUUACUAAUGACAUGUAUAUUAGCACAAGGACUUCCUUCAACCGUUGUAGCUAUUACCGAUCUUGAUAAAAUUCCUCUUAAGAAACAAAAUGAAGCCAAACAGUGCAUUCAAAAAGAUAUUGAAAACUGGUUACCAGAUGAAAAAGUCAGCAAAAUUGAUACAUCUACAGAUAUCCUUAAUGUUCUUAGACGAAUUAGUUCACAAAAAAAAAGAUCAAUAACGUUUCGCGAUAAACGUGCACAUUUGUUAGCUGAAGAACUGUCUUUUUCUCCUGGUGCUGAUGAAAAUAUAGGUACUAUGAAAGUGAGUGGUUUCUUAAAAGGUCAACCUCUCUCUGUUAAUUCUUUAAUACAUAUUCCUGGUUGGGGUGACUUUCAAAUGGAACAAAUAGAUUUGACAUCUAAUGAUUUCAUUAAAAGUUUUACUGGGAAAGAUGUGCAAACUACUGUCUUAGAAAAAGCUAAUCCAAAAUUACAAGAUACUUUAGUUUGUGAAAACAUACCUGAUCCAAUGGAUACUGAACAAACUUGGCCUACUGAUGAAGAAAUGAAGGAUACCACAGAGAAAAAUAAAAAAAAACGUAUGAUAAAACGUGUACCUGAGGGUAUGUCUGUAUAUCAAUCAGCUUGGAUCCCCGAUGAAGAAUCUGAUCAUGAUGAUUCAAAUUUAGAAGACGAUGAAGGUUCUGAUGAUUUCUAUUCAAUUGAAGAUGAAAAUUCUGAUGGUGAAUUGAAAAGUAUAAUAGAUGAUGAAAUGGAAACUAUGUCUGUAACCACUGCUGCUUCAGAAGCACCGAUUGAAGCUGAUAAAUAUGAUCUGCAAUUUGAUAUAAAAGAAGAACAAAAUAUUCUAUCCAAAAUUAAAGAAGCAAAACUUGAUCAGUUAUUUCCUGAUGAAGUGGAUACUCCUAUUGAUAUGCCAGCUAGAAUUCGCUUUCAAAAAUAUCGUGGUUUACAAUCAUUUCGUACAUCACCAUGGGAUGUCAAGGAAAAUUUACCUCCUGAAUAUGCUCGAAUAUUUCAAUUUGAAAAUUUUGAUCGAACAAGAAAGAGAUUGUAUAAAAAUUUGGAAAACCUUACUGGUGCCAUGCCUGAUUGGUAUAUAACAGUUUAUGUUAAGAAUAUACCAGCAAAAAUGUUUCAUUCAAGAGAUGGUCGUAAUCCUGUUGUGAUAUUUGGUCUUUUGCCACAUGAGCAAAAGAUUUCGUUGUUGAAUGUUGUUUUAAAACGACCAUCUACUGUGAAUUUUGAUGAACCAAUUAAAUCUAAAACUGAACUUCUAUUUCAAUGUGGUUUCCGAAGGUUUACUGCUGAACCUAUAUUUAGUCAGCAUACAAAUGGAAAUAAAUUCAAAUAUGAACGAUUCUUCCAUCAAGAUUCCAUAGUCGUUGCUUCAAUGUUUGCACCAAUAGUCUAUCCACCUUGCUCAGUUAUUGCCAUGAAGUAUUGCAAGGAUGGUUCAUUUCAAAUAAUUGGAAAUGGAAAUGUAUUGUCAGUAAAUCCAGAUCGAGUAAUCGUAAAAAGAACAGUUCUAAGUGGCCAUCCAUUUAAAGUACAUAAGCGUUCAGCUGUAGUCAGGUUUAUGUUCUUUAACAGGGAAGAUAUUGAAUGGUUUAAACCUGUUGAAUUACGCACCAAAUAUGGAAGAAGAGGACAUAUUAAAGAACCAUUAGGUACACAUGGACACAUGAAAUGUGGAUUUGAUGGGCCAAUAAAAUCUCAAGAUACUGUUUGUCUAAAUUUAUACAAACGAAUUUUUCCAAAAUGGACAUAUAAUCAAUUUUACAAUGUAACAAAAUAAAUAAAAAAAAAAUUAAAUUUAACUAUAA